AUGCCGCGACGCAAGCGCAGGCUCGCGUCCCGCAUUCGCGACUACGUGCGAGGCCUGCUCGCCUUCCUCUUCAGUAAUGUCGGCGUUAUCGUGCUCGUACUUGCCUAUACUAUUGCCGGUGCUUUCAUGUUCCAAGCUAUAGAAGGUGGGGGCGAGAUGGAGCGAGCUCAGAAUAUGACGAGGGCGAGAGACAACACCGCCCAGCACCUCUGGGAGAAUGUCACGCUAGCGCUCAAUUUGUUCAACGAGACUGAGUUGCGGGAAAGGAUAGGUAUGGAAAUAAAGAAAUAUCAAAAAAUUGUGGUGACUGCGGUCCAUGCAGGAUGGGACGGAACUCGGUCAUCACGCCAGUGGAGCUUCUCGUCAGCAUUUUUGUACUCGCUUACAGUCAUCACUACUAUAGAUAUUCUGAUAGUUUUGUCUCUCUCUUUCUCUACAUCAGGUUAUGGUCAUCUGUUUCCACGCACAAACUGGGGCAAGGUGAUCACAAUAUUCUACGCGCUGCUCGGCAUGCCGCUCUUCCUUCUGUACCUCACUAAUGUUGGUGAGCUGUUGGCCCGUUGGUUCAAGUGUAUCUACGCGCUGAUCUGCCUCUGCAGAGGAUGUCCAGGAUUUACAAGGAGAAGAGUUGCUAGAUUACGGCCGCAGUACGACUUAAGUGAAGCUGAGAGUAUAGAAAGGCCACCGGCGUGGCGAUCGCGGCACUCCGAGUCUGAAGGUACGCCGGAACUUGAAGGAAGAUAUCCACGAGAAUUACCCAGAAGACCAGAAUACAUUCGCAGCAUAUCAAUGCCUCAACCUUACGACCCUCGGUACCGGCCACCAGACCCGAGACAGCGAGGAUGGUCAGAGCCGGUGGCGCAUCAGCCAGGGAGCCCAGCAUCAUCAGACUUUAGCUACGUAACAUUCGAUGCUCAGUCCAUUACGGUCCCCAUCAGUGUUUGCGUGGCUAUCAUGGUUGGAUAUCUAUUGUCUGGCUCUUUGAUCUUCGGCAUGUGGGAAAAAUGGGAUCUACUCGAUGGAGCGUAUUUUUGCUUCAUAUCGCUCAGCAGUAUCGGUUUCGGAGACUUCGUACCGGGCGAGCGAGUAUACACUCCACGCAUCGAGACUUCGUUCAUUGUCUGCUCUUUGUAUCUGAUGCUUGGGAUGGCGCUAGUCGCUAUGUGCUUUAAUUUGAUGCAGGAGCAGGUACUGCACUACAUCGCGAGUUUCAAGCGAGCGUUCAAGCGACUGAGCCGCUGCAAGAGAUGA